AGCUGUGGUUAUACCAGCAAAUCAGUUUUAACUCAUUUGUCUUAUAAAACACUUGCCUCUCCCUAGUAACGUAAAAAAGUGUUAAUUACAUUAAUAAAUUUAAUGUAAAAGUAGCAGAAAAGAAAGAAAAUAAAAUAAAUUAAAAGCAAAUAAAAUACAAAUAAAAAUUAAUUUGAAAAAUCACUUGAUUGAUUUAUAUUUUAUUUUGAAUUGAUAUAAAAAAAUUUACAAGAAAAAAAAAUACAAGAGGUGUGAAAAUAAGGAAAUUUGUGAAAAAAAUCCAUUACUUACGUGUAUAUGAAAUAGAAAAAAUACAAGAAUAGUGAAAAAUUUAGUGAGAGCAAGAAAAAAAUCGAAUAUGUCGAAAUGUCUGAAAAUCGAAAAUGUAUAUUAAAGUGUUUUUGAAAAAAAUGUGCUAAUUCAUGUUUUCCGUUCAUUAUCCUCUAACUACAAAUGCAUUCACAAGACAUUAACAAGGCGAAAAACAACAACAACAACAACAAGAACAAUAUUCCCUAUAUUGAAAGAACAAAAUUUAAAUGUAUCCGUCUGAGCAAAAGAAUUUCAACGAUAAUUCAUGAAUAAAACAACAGCAGACACUUGAGAUUUAAGCGAAACGACAACAACUACAUAUAACGGGAGCAGUGGCUGUAAUAACCAGAAAAGCAGGCAUCAGGACAGACAUAAAUAUGGUAUUUUAAAGAGCGGCAACUACCACUUGCAACAAAAAUUGCAACAAACAACCAACUAAGCAAACAACAUACUAGCAACUAACAACAAGCAAUAAAACUUUCAUAAACACGCCAAAGUAAUUAGAAGGAAACUUUAACCCAAUUUGCCUGCACUGAAUAAUACUAAUACUAUCAGCAACAACAAAACUAUAACACUACAUAGACACUUUUGCACAUUUACAUUCUCGUUCCAAACAUAGUGGCCAACACCAACCAAUAAACGAAAUCAUAUACCAUAAACAUACAUACAUACUUUAUUAAGAAGGAAAUAAAAUUUGCAACAACAAACUAAAAAACUACAAGAACAAGGAGCUGUAGGAAACAGAACAGCAAACACAACAACAAACAAAACAAAUUUGGGACAACCCCCAUUGGCCAAAGUGCAUGGAAUUUUCAUGUGAUUUAGGAAGUGCGAACGUGGGCCGAAGCCAGAGAUAACAAAAUGCAGAAAGAAAAUAAUACAACAAUAGAGAAUUGCCAAUAUGUGGGCCCAUAUCGUCUGGAAAAAACACUCGGCAAAGGACAAACGGGUCUGGUCAAAUUGGGAGUGCAUUGUGUAACUGGGAAAAAAGUGGCCAUAAAAAUAAUAAAUCGUGAAAAAUUAAGUGAAUCUGUGUUAAUGAAGGUUGAGCGUGAAAUAGCGAUUAUGAAAUUAAUCGAUCAUCCGCAUGUCCUCGGUCUAAGUGAUGUCUAUGAGAAUAAAAAAUAUUUAUAUUUAAUACUCGAACAUGUAUCAGGUGGUGAACUGUUUGAUUAUUUGGUGAAAAAAGGACGUUUGACACCUAAAGAAGCACGCAAAUUUUUUCGUCAAAUAAUCUCAGCUUUAGACUUUUGUCAUUCACAUUCAAUAUGUCAUCGAGAUUUAAAACCGGAAAAUUUAUUACUAGACGAAAAGAAUAAUAUAAAAAUAGCAGAUUUUGGUAUGGCGUCUUUGCAACCGGCUGGUUCAAUGUUGGAAACAUCAUGUGGUUCACCGCAUUAUGCUUGUCCAGAGGUUAUAAGGGGUGAAAAAUAUGAUGGACGUAAAGCGGAUGUUUGGUCUUGCGGUGUCAUCCUUUACGCACUUUUAGUCGGCGCUCUGCCAUUCGACGAUGACAAUUUACGACAACUAUUGGAAAAAGUCAAAAGGGGUGUGUUCCAUAUACCACAUUUUGUACCACCCGAUUGUCAAAGUCUGCUGCGUGGUAUGAUAGAAGUAAAUCCAGAACGGCGUCUGACGUUGGCUGAAAUAAAUCGUCAUCCGUGGGUUACUGCUGGUGGUAAGGGUGAAUUAGAAUUGGAGCUUCCCAUGAUGGAAGUCGUUCAGACGCAUGUUAUACCUUCUGCUUCGGCUGUGGACCCUGAUGUUUUAAAUGCCAUUUGUUCCUUGGGUUGUUUUAAGGAAAAGGAAAAACUUAUACAAGAAUUAUUGAGUUCAACACACAAUACCGAAAAAGUUAUAUAUUUUCUGUUAUUGGAUCGUAAACGUAGACGUCCAGCUUUAGAAGAUGAUGAAGAAAUCGCUCAAAAAUCUCGCAGUGAACUAGAGGCCGCUGAUCCUCCACGUAAACGUUUAGAUACAUGUCGUAUUAAUGGUACAAACUCUACUAGUUAUGGCCAAAUAUCUGAAGGUUCUCCCUUGACGCCUAGAAGACAAGCUUUCAACUUCCGAUCCUAUAGUAGUACACGUAAUCACCAAAGACGUUCUCCUACAUCGGUUUCUACGAUGCGUUCUUCUUCAUAUCAUAGUCCAACACGAUGUAAUUCUCCGAUUAGUUCGGCUCAGCAGCAGGCCAAUGUUUUGUCCAGACCUUCGUCGCCGGCCUCAUCGUCGGGUCACUCGUCACGUCAUUCAACUUAUGGCGAUAGAGAGCGAUCAUCAUCGGUACAUCAUACUCCUAGCAGUCGGACCUCAUCACAUUCAUCUCAGGCUGGUGUUGAAGGUCAUAAUAGUGGCAGUAGUAAUGAGGUUGUAUCUCGUGAGCUGCGAGAACGAAGAGAAUCACGCAACGAACGUUCAUCUACAGUACAAACUAGUUGUGUUCCCGGUAGUCCCGGUGGUAAUUCAGCAACAGUUCAUCAAAGGGCCAAUUCUGGACCCACAAUCGCCAUAAGUAUGUUUCACGAUCCGGAAGCCAAUAAUGUUAUGAAUCCUACAACAUCACCGUUGAUGAAUAAUAGUACUGCUGCCAUAACGGGUUCACCAUGCAAUGCUCCCGGUGGACAACUGUGGAAAACUAGACUUACCAAUAUUAAGAAUAGUUUCUUAGGUAGUCCACGCUUUCAUCGAAGAAAACUUCAGGUUUCCGCUGAUGAGGUUCAUUUAACCCCAGAAUCAUCACCAGAAUUAACCAAACGUUCCUGGUUUGGUAAUCUAAUCACAACUGAAAAGGAUGAAACCUUUACGAUUUUGGUUAAAGGAAAGCCCAUUGCCACUGUUAAGGCUCAUUUGAUUCAUGCAUUUUUGUCGAUGGCGGAAUUAUCGCAUAGUGUGGUUUCGCCAACCUCAUUUCGUGUUGAGUAUAAACGUAACGGCAAUGGACCGGUCAUGUUUCAGCGACAUGUUAAAUUUCAGGUUGAUAUUAGUGCUAUUUGCAAACAGGGUGAUGUAGCAGAUAUGUUAUUUGCUCUAACAUUUACACUAUUAUCGGGUAAUAUAAGACGAUUCCGUCGUAUUUGUGAACACAUACAAUCUCAGGUAUGUUCGAAACGUUUUCCGGGACCUAGUAGUCCGCCUACAGUACCAACUGUUACCCAAGCAGUAUCAGAGAGUUCAUCUUGUGGUUCCGUAUCCAGUGAACGUUUGUCCUAUAAGAGACAGCAAAUCGAAAAUGAUACAGAAAACGAUUCAAUAUUUACGUACAAAUCUGGCAAUAGUCGUCGUUCAUCGGCCACAAAUAAUAAUAAUGCCAAUCCUAUCGAUAUGCCUGGUAGUCCCAUUGCGGUAAGAUCCAAUUCCGAAUCAGCUGAACAGGAGCGGUCACGUGAUAUCCAGAGUGAGCGUCAGGCGACAACAAUGUCCGGGAGUGCAAUAGCAUGAGAAUUAUUUCUCUGAUUUGGUUCAAGUUUUAUACAAAUUAUUUAUUUUCCACAAAUCUACCAACUUUUACUUCAGGUUUAAGUAUUUCUACACAAAAAUCUCUUUCACACACACACACUUAUAAGUGAAAUUAAUUAAUAAAAUAAAAUAAAAAAUUAAAACUAAAAACAACCAAGAAAACCAGAAAUUCUUAACCAUUAAUAGUAUUCAAAUUUUUUUCAAAAACAAAAAUAAAAACUAACCAAUAAAAACCAAAAAAUAAACACAAAUUAAGAAGCAAUAAAAACAAUUUAAUCAAAUUUUCUUAAGCCUAAAUAACAAAAAAAAAAAAAAAAAAACAACAAAGAAAUUGUGAAAAAAAACUUUAUGCAUUUAGAACAAUUUGUGUUUUAGAAAAACCAAAAAAA